UUCCGGAGAUCAUCUGACUUGAGUUAACCAAACCCCAACUGGGUUUCAAAAGUUGGAAGAGAGAGAGACAGAGAGAGAAAGAAAGAGAGAGAGACGGAUUUCUUUUCUCCUCCCCUUUGGUUCGCCCCUCUUUUCUUUUCUUUUCUUGUUUUUUUGAACUUUCCUCAAUUGGCGGUGGGCGAAAACAGAACUCUCCCUCUCCUCCUCUCCGUCUGCCUUAAUUCUCCCCCGAGCGUGCGUAUAUUGAUGUCCUACGCAGGGAUGAUGGAUGGCAGAAGGGCAGAAAGACGCCAGCAGCAGGGGCGCUCGACACUUUUUUAAACUCUCCCGCCCCCCUUUUCCCCCCCCUUUCCCCCCCGGCGAUCAUCAAUGAGCCUCGGAGCGGGAGAAAGAAGGGGAAAGAAUCCGCGCGAGGGUCGGGACUCGGGAAGGGCCGGCAGCAACAGCAGCAGCAACAGAGACUUCGCCUUUCUUUAAAAAAAAAAAGAAAGAAAGAAAAAAGAGGGGGCCCAGAGCGACGGAGCACAAAAAGAGGAAGCCGGGCCAGUGAACCCCACUCGCUCUUCCGCGCCCCCUGAAGUGGACGAUGGGGAGCUGGGCUCGCCGCCCUGCUCUGGAGCCGGAACAGCCGCUGGCCGCGUGAAAACUUCUCUUUAGGGGACCGGGAAGCUGGAAUAUGCAUGUCUAAGAUGGAAACAUCCACAUCAAUGGCUUCUGCGAAAAAAGAAGAGAAAAGUGUCCUUCUGGAAGACAAUGGCUUUAGCGAACCAACGAAGAAACCAGUUCCUUUAGCAGCUGCAGCCACAGCAGCGGUGGUGACUCAAGGAGUUCCACAGCACAUUUUUCCAGCCUUCCAUUCUCCUUUGCCAAUUGACAUGCGUCACCAAGAAGGAAGAUACCAUUAUGAACCUCACUCCCUUCAUGCGAUUCAUGGACCUUCCACUCUAAGUGGCAGUCCUGUUAUCUCCGAUAUCUCCCUCAUCCGUCUGUCACCCCACCCUGCGGGACCUGCAGACUCACCUUUCAGCCACCCUCAUCCAUACAUGAACCCCCAUGUGGAGCAUUACUUCCGAUCCAUGCACAGCAGCCCUACUCUGUCUAUGAUCUCAGCGGCUAGAGGUCUCAGCCCAGCUGAUGUAGCUCAUGAGCAUCUGAAAGAGAGGAGUCUCUUUGGCCUUCCCCAUCCUCCUCCAGGAGCCAGCCCUGCAGACUACUAUCACCAGAUGACAUUCAUGGCCAGCCACCCGAAUCCUUAUGGGGACCUCCUCAUGCAGAGUGGAGCAGCAGCCGGGGCCACGCAUCUUCAUGAUUACCUCAGCCCUGUAGAUGUGUCAAGAUUCUCCAGCCCAAGAGUAACACCAAGACUCAGCAGGAAGCGAGCGCUUUCUAUAUCCCCCUUGUCUGAUGCCAGCAUUGAUCUUCAGACCAUGAUUCGGACUUCACCCAAUUCCCUGGUCGCUUAUAUCAAUAAUUCCAGAAGUAGUUCGGCCGCUAGUGGCUCAUACGGCCAUUUAUCAGCAGGGGCAAUAAGUCCUGCCUUUACCUUCCCUCAUCCGAUCAACCCAGUGACAUACCAACAAAUUCUGAACCAGCAAAGAGGCCUGAGCUCAGCAUUUGGACAUACCCCUCCUUUUCUACAGCCAUCUCCAACUUUCCCUGCCCGGCAGCACGUAGCUGUCAUCUCGGUCAACUCUUCUCCUGCUCAGAUCAGCAACAACUGCAUCGCUGAAUCCAACCAGAAUAAGCAAAGCAGUGAAUCGGCCGUUAGCAGCACAGUCAAUCCGGUAAUUCAUAAACGCAGUAAAGUCAAGACUGAAACAGAGAUUCUACCACCAGCUUCUCCACCAACUCAGGAACUUCUGACAGACUUGAAAGAAGAACUUGAUAAGGACGAAUGCAAACAGGAGCCUGAAGUUAUUUAUGAGACCAACUGUCACUGGGAAGGUUGUACAAAGGAGUAUGAUACACAGGAGCAGCUGGUCCACCACAUCAACAAUGAUCAUAUUCAUGGGGAGAAGAAGGAGUUUGUUUGUCGCUGGCAGGAAUGUACCCGGGAACAGAAGCCUUUCAAAGCACAAUACAUGCUAGUGGUGCACAUGCGAAGGCAUACUGGAGAAAAACCCCACAAGUGCACGUUUGAAGGUUGCUCCAAAGCCUAUUCACGGCUAGAGAACUUAAAGACACACCUGAGGUCACAUACAGGAGAAAAACCUUAUGUCUGUGAACACGAGGGCUGCAAUAAGGCCUUUUCCAAUGCUUCCGAUCGAGCAAAACACCAAAACAGAACACAUUCCAAUGAGAAACCCUAUGUCUGCAAGAUCCCAGGAUGCACCAAGAGAUACACAGACCCCAGCUCUCUCAGGAAACAUGUGAAGACAGUGCAUGGACCGGAAGCCCACGUCACCAAAAAGCAACGCAAUGACAUUCACCUGAGGCCACCUGUCCUUAAGGAAAACAAUGACAAUGAAGCAAGUGCCAAACAGAGCAGCCGGUCUACUGAAGAGCGGGCUGAGGCAAACAGCACCACCACAGGCACAGAGGACAGUUUACAAGUCAAAACGAUAAAGACAGAGAAGUCUGUGAUGUAUCAGUCCAGUCCUGGUGGCCAAUCAUCAUGCAGUAGCGAACCAUCACCCCUUGGGAGCAUCAACAACAAUGACAGUGGAGUGGAAAUGAACAUGCACAGUGGGGGAAGUCUGGGGGACCUGACUGUGUUGGAGGAUAAUACUCCUGUUGUGGACUCGACAGUCUCAUCUGGCAACUCAACUGUCAGUCUUCAGCUAAGGAAAAACAUGACAGCAAUGCAACGCCUUGAGCAGCUUAAGAAAGAGAAGCUCAGGACAGUGAAGGAUUCUUGCUCAUGGGCAAAUCCAGCACCACAAGUCAAAAACAGCAAGCUGCCUCCCAUCCCAGGCAAUGGUUGUCUGCUGGACAAUAUGCAUGGCACCUCUACAAUGCUGCCUAACCCAAGGAUAAAUGAGCUGUCCAUCAGUGAAAUUACCAUGCUAAACCAACUAGCCGAACGCCGUGACAGCUCAACCAGUACCAUCAGUUCUGCCUACACAGUCAGUCGCAGAUCAUCAGGAAUAUCCCCUUACUUCUCCAGCCGCCGUUCCAGUGAAGCGUCUCAAUUUGGAAAUCGUCCUAACAACACAAGCUCUGCUGACUCCUAUGAUCCUAUUUCCACAGAUGCCUCUCGCAGGUCAAGUGAUGCCAGUCAAUGUAAUGGGGUCUCUGGUCUCCUGAAUCUCACACCAGCUCAGCAAUACAGGCUGAAAGCUAGAUAUGCUGCUGCCACAGGUGGCCCACCACCUACACCACUACCUAACAUGGAAAGAAUGACCCUGAGGAAUAAAAUCUCUCUCCUUGAUGAUUCAGAGCCUGCUUUGGCUUCAUUUCGUCUCCCUCCAGGGCCGAGGCGUUGUAGUGAUAGCAAUGCUUAUGUGUAUGGGGCAUCGCCUGCAUUCUGUCAUGAAGUGUCUGGGAAUAGUGCAAGACGGGCAAGUGAUCCAGUAAGGAGACCUGCUGGAGACCCAAGUUCCCUUCCUAGAAUCCAUACUUUCAAUAGCACCAAUAGCAUGAAUCUUCUUCACCCUCAUGCAGACAGAAGACAAUUCAACCUUCCAGUCUUUCCGUAUUCAGACAGGAGCCUUGCUAGGCAUGUGUACUCCCCACGACCCCCAAGUAUUAGUGAAAAUAUUGCCAUGGAAGCAAUGCCUGGUGAGACAGAUAAUUCUGUGGGAGAUGACGAUAUUGUCCUACCUGAUGAUGUGGUACAAUACAUUAAAUCCCAAAACAAUGGGAUUGCCACAGAGAACUCGUCUACAGGAUAUGGCAGUGAAAUGCAAACCUUCCAAGUAAAUGCAAAAGUGCAAAAUAACAAUGCAUUAAACCAGCGCAGAAUGGCUGUUCCAGAUCUGAGUAUGAACCAUUCAACCUCUGUUGGUGGUGGAUGCCAAAUAAACUAUGGAGCUAACUCUAAUUUGCAUAAAAAUAACAUGCCAGUCCAGUGGAAUGAAGUUAGCUCAGGAACUGUUGAUGUGCCCUCCUCUCAAGCAAAACAGCAGUUCCCUCAGCGGAACCUAGCUGUAUUCCAUCAGAAGCAAAAUUUUGGUCAGUAUCAGAACUUCAACCAACAGCAGUCACAGGUAGGCCAAAACAACAUGAAUGGGAAUCUGCAGCAAUUUGUGCAGAAAAAUGCAAGCAUGGAUGGACAAAGGCUCAAUUGCAUGCAUUUAAAGCAGCAACAGGUGAAUCCAGAUUCUGGUAACAACCUUGACCUGAAUUCCCAUGAGGUGUUCAACCAAGUUCAUCAAAUGCUAAAUCCAAAUACGCUGGGUGGUGAUGUCACCCAACUUUCUCCUUCCUGUAAUAACAUGACCAUGAAGCCUGCGUUCCACAUUCAUUCUCAGCAAUUAGAUAACGUGGCUAAUCCCAUUUCAAUAGUUAGCAAUGGCAGAGAAUAUGUAAUGCACAGUCAAGACAUGCAGGAACCAGGGUAUCAGCAGAGCUUUUCAUCUCAGUCAAGCCAUAUGAACUUCUCCAUGACACAAGAGGAUUUCCACCAAGCUUCUGCAUUAAUAACCUCAAAUCAACCAAACUUUGAGCCACAACAGAAUACAAUCAGUGGACAGAGCUUCUCUUCCUCAAUGGUACAACCACACCCUCCACCUAAUCCUAAUCCAGGAAACAAGCACCAAGGAGUCCGUGCUGGGCAGCAGUUGGGAUACGUGAGAAUAUCUCACCCAACAAAUGAUGUGAGUUCAGGGCAGCAAAGGGCACACUCUUCCCCCAAGAGAACAACUGGUGUAGGAUCGUUGCAACCACAAUUUAACAAUAGUAUGAGGGAAGGCCAAUUGAUGCACUAUUAUGGUCAAAUACAUAUGUAUGAACAAAAUGGGAAUGUCAACAAUCAUACAGAUUACAAUGUCAGACAACAAUGUGCGCUGAACACCAAACCAGCCACCAUGCCUUCCCCUGGUGCUAAUCAAGUUUCUAGCACAGUGGAUUCUCAGGGUCUGGAAUCUCCUCAGAUAGAUUUUGAUGCUAUCAUGGAUGAUGGCGACCAUUCAAGUCUGAUGUCAGGAACCUUGAGCCCUAGCAUCCUGCAGAAUCUCUCUCAGAACUCUUCUCGCCUUACAACUCCCCGAAAUUCUCUGACACUGCCAGCUAUACCAGCUGGAAUUAGUAACAUGGCAAUAGGGGACAUGAAUUCUAUGCUGACCACCCUGGCAGAAGAGAGCAAAUUUCUUAACAUGAUGUCUUAAUGCAUAAAGCACAAAUGUACCUCUAGACAUAUCCAGAUAUUAUGUGCUGGGCAACGUUAUGAAUGUGCUUUUCUUUUUUUAAAAAAAAAAAAGGAGAAGGAAAAAAAAGUUUCCAUAGAGUAGGCUUUUACAAGUAUUAAAACAUAUUAAGGGAAUUCCAAGUAAGAAAAAAAUAUCUUUGUACAAACAUGCAUAAACUAUAUUAAAAGAAAAGCACUGAAAGGAUGCACUUCUAGUAUUAUUUUGGUGCUUGUUUUUUUGGAGUGCUGAAAGAUGCCACCCUCCUUCUUAAAGUGCUUCUAAAGUGUGUCACCAUUUAUAAAAGGUAGACACAUUGAGAAUCCUUUCAAAAACCUGACUGCCAUUGCCACCCUCCCUUCCCUUGUUAGCUUGCAAAGGGUUAACGGUUUUUUUUUCAAACCAUCAACCUCAAAAUUAAAUGGCACUUUGCCAGUUGUGGGACACUCAAAAGCCAUGUGUUAAAAUAAUCAAUGUUUCAAAUGAAGCUUUACUUUUUGCAAUCUUCUUUUGGCUUUCCCUUACCUAUAGCUGCAAAUAUGUAAUGCCUUGUCCUCCCCAGCUAGAGUUAUAAAUUUAACCAUAUGCAAAGCCAUACUAUAAAUGCUUCACGCUUUGCUUAUGACCAGUUGUGCAUGCAUGCGCAGACACACACACAUACACACCCACACCCACAAAACGUCAUUAUUACAGCCAGUAUCGCUCUUUGUAUCUUGCAGCUUAGCUGAGAAUCAGCUUUGAGGCGAAGUGCCUUACUGUGCAUUAGCAGUUGAGACGUCUAGGCAUCUGUUGUCCAAUAAUGUCAAAUAAAGUGUGCAUUGCCAGAAGCAUAUAUAAAAUUAAGGUGCAUUUUUGUCAGGCAACACCGUGUUGCUAAAAAGACAUUUGAGAGAGACACGCUGAUGGGGAAAUGGGAAACACUGAAUGGCCUAUUGGGUUUUGGUUUGUUUGCUUUUUCUAAUCAGAAGCUAUCAUGGAGAAUGUAGUGGAGGUUUGAAAACCAAACUAAUUUAAAAAUGUUGUAGGAAAAAAAAUCCCUAUCAUACAUGGUGUGAAACACAGAUCACUCUGAGUUUCUAUGGACUUCACUUUGGAAUUGCUCAUACAAAAAGAACAGUGCUAAGAGUUUUUUAAAUAUGACAUAAAAUGAUGCUGCAGAAAUAUGUAUGUUUUUAUGUCAUAACAUUUGUUCAUCCCUCGUAGUUAAGUGUUCUAGCAAACUGUUCAAUUACACACUGCGUGGGCUAACUUAGCUCUGACUGAUAUGUCACUUUGGAGGUAGCCAACUGGCUUUGGUAAAAAUGAUCUUCUGUUUGCUUGGCCAGUUGUGAUGUCAUUGUGAGAUUAUAAAACUGCUCAGAGUUCAUCGGAAAAUAGGGAUAGCACAGAAAGAAAAUAAUUUAAGCAUGAAGUGAAUAAAUAAUGCCAGGCGCCUCUCCAAACCCACUGUUGGAACUCUACAUGGCAUAAUCGCUUGAAGGCUUAGUGUAACUGCUUUGAAGACCUUCCCAUAUUACCUAAGCAUGGAGAAAACAAGGAGUUUCAACAGCAGUCCUUCAGAGAGGUCUUCUGUGUCUUUGCCAUUGUGCUCAGAUGAAAUGGGGAGACCCUUGAAAAGCCAAACCUUCAAGAUAGCACAAUAAAGUAGUAGAAUGAUUCAGUGCUACAUACUCAUCAACCUGAGCUUAUAAAAAUGAACAGUGCUAUUACAAGAAUAGCAAAUUUGUAGUCAGUAUUAUGGCAUCCCAGUUGCCACCCAAUUGCCAUGUAUUUAGCUAACAUAUACUAUUUAUAUACCUAACCCCUCCAAUAAGAAGAGAUCAUCCAUGCCUGUUGUCCCCUCUCCCUUAAGAUAAUUUUUGGUGUUAGUAAGCAGCUCCUGCCAAAACUGCAUGUCAUCCCAGAAGUAUUUGCACUGCAAAAUUCAUAAAUUAAUUCAUGCAAACCAGUGGGGGUGCUUAUGCAUUUAUCUAAUAGAAUUUUGGAAAGCAUUAUUUGGAAGGAGAAAAUUAUGAGAUCAGACAAUCAUUAAGGGCAAAGAUUCCAGCCAGGAAAACCUUGUGAAAAAAGUAGAACAUGAAAUUAGGCAGCUGCCAAUUGCAAUACAGCAGGGAUGUCAAACUUGCGGUGUUACAGCGGUAUCACGUGAUAUAUCGCAACUUUUUUUCCCUUCACUAAACCAGGCACGGGCAUGGCCCGUGCAUGGCGCAUUUGGCCCAAGGGCCGCGAGUUUGACAGCCCUGCAAUACAGGGUAGGGUGAAUAUCAAAUGUAAAAACCUUGGUGUACCAAUGUUUGCAUUUUUAUAAAGGGGCUCACUAGUUUUGAGUUAAGGUAUUCAAGCCGAAAUCAUUGGCACUGCACACCAACAUACAUCAGUAUCUAUCUAGCCAACAUUUCUGGAUAACUGCUGAUAAAACCAAGUUCACUCUCUCCUAUACAGCUUCUGCUUUUCCAAAUCUGCUUCAGACAGUUGAAGUUUAUCUAAAACGGGUUUGAGAGCACACCAAAAAGAGGAGACAAAAAAGGAAAGUCCAAUUAUCUCGUGUGACGUCAGAGCAGUGGUUCCCCACGUGGGGCCCACACCGAUUUUUAAUGGGGGCAAUUUGAACCUUGUUCAAACCAAGUUAAUGGCCUUUUAGGCUUCCUCCACAUUCAUUUUUUGAGUAAAGUAAGAAUUAUAUGUCACAGGAGGGGCAUCGGGAUUUUAGAGAUGCUUAGGUGGGACAUGGCCAAAAAAAGGUUGGGAACCACUGCAUUAGAGUUAGCUCUGUGGGUUUUAUGGUUCAGCAGAAUUAUAAAAGCACAGCUGUAAAAGGAUGGUGUAUUAUAAAUUCCCCACUUUAUAUAUUUAUACAUUUGAUUAGAGUGACUUGUUUCAUUAUUUAUUUUUGAACUUUAAAAAAGGAGCUGUAAACUCAGUUCUUUUUAAACAAAAAACAGGGGGCCCAAGAGUGUCUUUGCUCAUAUAUUUUUUUUCUAUCAGUAUUCUGUAUCAGAAUCUGAACCAUUUGCAGUGCCAUUUAUCCACCUUGUAGCCUCUACCUUGGAAAUACACAAUCCGGCAAACAUUGCCAAGUUUGAGUCUGGUUAGGAUGACUUGAAUGUGGACCAUUCUGGCUGUGUCUAAGCAUAUGAACAUAAAGUCAAGCCAAUGACACUUCUUCCUGCCUCUUUCCAUACAUAAAAGUAUGGAAGUUUUGAAUAACCGUGUUUACGUCAAGAAAUGCCAAUAUAUGAACUGGCUCUCACCUUAGCAUAGGAAUGUAAGUCCAAUUUAAUCAAUAGCUGAAUAUAAGCAGGUGAUGGAUGACUGUCUCACAGCUUUUCCUGUGUCUAAUGUCUAAUGGCAUAUAAAAGGGAACUUUUUUCUCACAUCAGAGCUUGUGGUGGCAAAAUUUUCUGGAUUGUACAUUACCAUAUCCAUUUCUUAUUUGUUAUCCUUUCCUUUGUCUGCAUAUUUUUCAAUGUCAUCAAGAAAAAUCCCUUUGAUUAUGUCUUUCAUCAUGUUAAAGGUUAAUCUGCAGAAUAUGUUUACUUAGGUGUCCCAAGAAAACCAAUUUAGUAUUCCAAAAAUGUAUUCUUCCUGGUUUUUUUUUAUUAUUCAUAACGGACAAUGGAAGACUUAAAAAAAGGUGAAAGGGAGAGAUGACUACAGUAGUUCUUCUCAAUACAUCCGAAUAUUGCACAUCUUAAGGCAUGACAGGAAAGUGAUUUUUUUAAAAAAAAUGAAUUCAGUUCUUUCAGUAGGAUGACAGUGAUGCUAUCGGCCUACUAAUGUGGACCUUUCAGAUCUGUUCAUAGGACCAUUCUCAAGUGAUAAUUGUGUAGCAUUGCACACAUGAUGUGGUUGUGUGACUCCCCCCCAUCCCUGAUAAGCAUUAACAAAUGCAAACACAAACAAUUUGUCCAUUAUUUUCUUCAACUUGUCCAUGGUGGUCUCCGUUUAUUUACUGUAAUAGUAUUAUAACAAACAAAAAAAACUGGCUCUGUAUAUAUUCUGUAUAGAAGGCAUUCAUUAUUAAUAAGAGUACUGUAGCUGAAUUGUUCUGCCUUUAUAUCUCCAGGAGCUUUUUAUCUGUUUUCUACAUCGUACGGAUGGCAGUCAUAUGCUAAAACUGUAUAUAAAUGUUUUGUACAU